AUGGUCCUUCAUCAGAGCCUCUUUACUCUGGCUACGGGUUUGACCCUGGCUGCUGGUUGUGUUGCCCUUCCUCCACCUCCACCUCCACCUGGCGCUUCUGGGGCACCUUGUCCGCCGUUGCCACCUGCUGCUAUCGGACAAGGCAAGAUUGAGGGUUUUCGUGAUGAGCAUUGUAACGGUGUUUAUCUGGGUGUGCCUUUUGCUGCAUCCACUGGUGGACGGAACCGAUGGAAGGCUCCUCAGGAUCUUCUCAAGUCUGACCGACCUUUCAAGGCCAAGGCCUAUGGAGCUACCUGUCCUCAGGCUGGUGGCGAUGCCUUCACUCGUCAGGAUGAGGAUUGUCUGAACCUCAACAUCUGGGCUCCCAAGAAUGGAAAAGAUCUUCCUGUCUUCGUGUACAUGUACGGUGGUGCCAUGGUCACUGGAUCCUCCAGCAACCCUCAAAUCCAAGGCACAAACUUUGCCAAGAACGGCGUUGUCUACGUCAACUUCAACACCCGAGAGAGCAUCUACGCUUCUCCCCACUCUUCCGAGUUGAAGGAGUCCAACCCCAACGACACCCAGAACUUUAGCAUUCUCGAUGUUGAGAAGGCUCUUGACUGGGUCCACAAGAACAUCAAGGCCUUCGGUGGUAACCCUAACCACAUCGUCUUCGGAGGUCACUCCUCCGGUGGUGUUCAGGUCGACCACUACCUCUGGAACCACCCCGAUACCUUCCUCAAGGGUGCUGUCGAGAUGAGCGCCAACGCGGUCUCAGGCCCUGCUUACGCUCCCGUUGAUGAGGCCCUCAACGCUGUCGCUGAGGAGGUUGGUUGCCCCAAAGCUGGCAACGCUCAGCUCGAGUGUCUUCGUGACGUCAACAUCAAUGAGAUCGCCACCAAGAACUUCAACUCCACCUUCAACACCUGGUUCACCCCCGUCAUUGACGACAUCACCCGUUUCUCCGACUACCCCACCCGCCUUUCCUCCGGCGGUUACGCUUCUCAGGUUCCUCUUCUCACUGGUACUUCCAACGGCGAGGGCACCAUCUUCAGCCUCGUCUACGGCGCUGAGAACAGUGACUUUAGCUCUUGGAUCAACACUUUCGAUGCUGAUAGUGCUCAUAUUCCUGACGCUGAUCUCAUUUCUGCUUACGACCCUGCCGAUUUCGCCAGCGAGUCUCUCCGCAGCGGAGCUCAGUAUGGUGAUGCCCGCUUCAACUGCCCUGUCGAUUACCUCCUCGAUCUCCGCAGCGAGUCCCAAAAGACCUGGGUCUACCGCUUCUUCGGUGCUUACGACAACGUCGUCGGACCUCCCAACACCGCCCCCACCCACGGCACCGAAGUCCCCUUCUUCCACGGCGGCAACGAGUGUUUCUCCGAACUCCAGGGCGUGACCACCGCUCAGCAGAAGCUCGCGGACUCCAUCCACAAGUGGUUCGUCGCCUGGAUCAAGAACCCCGCCGCCGGUCCUGGCUGGAAUACCGUUGAGAAGAGUGGCGAGUUGGUCAAGCUUGGAGUUCCUGGUGAUGAGCUUACUCUUGAGAAGGCUACGCGGGGUGACUUUAAUGGUGUUUGCCAGGCUGUGUACAAGCCUAAUAUGGCCAAGUACCCUGUUGUGCAGUCUGUUUCCAAGAUUGCUGCUGAGCUUUUGGCUUAA